GGUAGUUGUUGAAUUCUUAUGCUCUAUAAUUGAAUCCUGUUCACUUCUCAUGAACAUGCCAUUGUAAUAUAUUGAUCAUAACUUUUAAUAGGCAAAAAAUGGUUGACAGUUAAAUCCCUCUCGUCGAUCAUAUAUUUAUGCUGGGGUUGUGUUGAGUGUAUCGUUUAACUUCCCAUUGGACGUCAUUAACAAAGCACCGCCUUGUCAGACACCAGCCGUGGCUCCCGUUUGCUUCUAUAGAGUACUGCAUCGAUCGCUCUUGACGCAAGGAUAGCGGUCGCUUGCUAAACGUUAACGCAGUUUUAAUUGUGCAAUUAACAAUUUGUAACGUUUGCGGAAGACAAAAAAAAACCUGGAUUAAACGAAAAAGAUACGAUUGCGACCGCUGUCAUUUUCAGAAGUUACAACUGACACUAAAGUACCCUCCUCAGAGAGAGAGCGCGAGAGAGAGUGAGAGAGACGGGGAAGUAAAGAUGGGGGAGACGGAGGAGGAACGCAGCGUGCAGGCCGGACAGCUCUUUGAGAACUUUGUCCAGGCGUCCACCUGCAAGGGCACGCUGCAGGCUUUCAGCAUCCUGUGUCGUCUCAUGGACCUGGACCCUUUGGAACACGCCACGUUCUACAGCAACCUCAAAGCCACGGUCACUUCCUGGAAGGCCAAGGCUCUCUGGACCAAGCUGGACAAGAGGGCCAGCCAAAAGGAGUACAAUCAGUCGAAAGCUUGCCCGGGCACCAAGUGCCUGAUCAUCGGCGGGGGUCCCUGUGGGCUGCGGACGUCCAUCGAGCUGGCCCUGCUGGGGGCCAAGGUGGUGGUGAUGGAGAAGAGGGACACGUUCUCCAGGAACAACGUCCUCCACCUUUGGCCCUACACCAUCCACGACCUCCGAGCCCUCGGGGCCAAGAAGUUCUACGGGAAGUUCUGCGCUGGAGCCAUCGACCACAUCAGUAUCCGUCAGCUGCAGCUGAUGCUGAUGAAGGUGGCUCUGAUCUUGGGGGUGGAGGUCCACGUCAACGUGGAGUUUGUGUCUCUCCUGGAGCCCCCAGAGCAGCAGGAGGAUGCAGGAGGACCAGGGUGGAGAGCACAGAUCCGACCAUCCAACCAUCCUAUCUCUGACUUCGACUUCAACGUCGUGAUCGGGGCGGACGGACGCAGAAACACGCUAGAUGGUUUCAGACGCAAAGAGUUCCGUGGGAAGCUGGCCAUCGCCAUCACGGCCAACUUUGUGAACAGAAACACGACGGCCGAGGCCAAGGUGGAGGAGAUCAGUGGGGUGGCCUUCAUCUUCAACCAGAAGUUCUUCCUGGAGCUGAAGGAGGAGACAGGCAUUGACCUGGAGAACAUUGUGUACUACAAGGACAACACACACUACUUUGUCAUGACGGCCAAGAAACAGAGCCUGCUGGACAAAGGGGUCAUCAUUCAUGACCACAUGGAGACAGAGAAGCUGCUGAGCAGUGGGAAUGUGAACCAGGAGGCUCUGCUCUCGUACGCCCGCGAGGCGGCAGACUUUGGCACCAACUACCAGCUACCGUCGCUGGACUACGCCAUCAACCCCAGCGGCCAGCCGGACGUGGCCAUGUUCGACUUCACCUGCAUGUACGCCUCGGAGAACGCCGCGCUGGCGCGCCAGAAACACGGACACCAGCUGCUGGUCGCCCUGGUCGGAGACAGCCUGCUGGAGCCGUUCUGGCCCAUGGGGACUGGCUGUGCCCGAGGCUUCCUGGCAGCGUUCGACACGGCCUGGAUGGUGAGGGGCUGGGCACAGGGCAAGACCCCUCUGGAGAUACUGGCCGAGAGGGAGAGUCUCUACCGCUUGUUGCCCCAGACGACCACAGAAAACAUCUCGAAGAACUUUGAUGGGUACACCGUUGACCCCUCCACUCGCUAUCCCAACCUGAACUCCACCUGUGUCCGCCCUCACCAGGUGCGCCACCUGUUCGUAGACGGACAGCAGGCUCCGGGCCCGCCCGAGAAAGGCGGUCCGACGUGGAGAUCUGUCAACCUUUCCAGACCAGACGCGGAGGUGCGGCCGGGGCGCUUGCUGACCUGGUGCCAGCGGCAGACGGAGGGCUACCGGGGCGUGGCCGUCACCAACCUCACGUCCUCCUGGAGGAACGGCCUGGCCCUCUGCGCCCUCAUACACCACCUCCGGCCCGAGCUCAUUGAUUUUGACUCUCUGAACGAGGAGGACUGCGCCCAGAACAACCAGCUGGCCUUUGACCUGGCGGAGCGCGAGCUGGGCAUCCAGGCCGUCACCACGGGGAAGGAGAUGGCCCUGGAGCAGGAACCGGACAAGCUGCUCAUGGUCCUGUACCUCAGCCGCUUCUACGACAAGUUCCCGAACGCCCCCGGGGCCGUGAACGGUACCAGGGAACCAGAUGAGAACAAUGAGCAGUAUUCAUCAGAGACGGCAAACUCGGCUUACAGCUCAAUGAACCAAACCCAGCCCAGGAAGAGAGUCCCUAAGGAGGAUAAGAAGCUGGAGGAGAGCGACCCCACCAACAAGAGACGGAGGAAGGGCAACAGCUACCUGGAUGAGCUGCAGCUCUCCUGUCAGAGUGCGCCCCCUGCAGGAGAGGACGGGGAACAGCGGGAGAACAAGGUGCGCUCCAUGGCCACCCAGCUCCUGGCCAAGUUUGAGGAGCGGAACGCCUCCGGCGCUAGCCUCCGCAGCAAGUCUGAGUUCGACCCCCUGGACCCUGCGACCCCGCCCCUGCCCUCACCAGACAAGGUUGAGAACCCUCGCUUCGCCAAGCCCAAGGACACGCCCCCUCCCCCGGCCCCGCCCCCUCAGCCUAAGUGGCAGCCAUCUAUUUAUUUACGCCUAUUGGAGGAUCCUACAGUUCGACCAAUGAGUCUACAGCACACUCCCAAGACCCUUCCCCUUGAGCUUGUCCCCCUCCGCUCUGUGUCACCGUUCUCAGAGAGCCCAGAGUGUCCUGGUGACGCCGAUUACCCAGAAUACACCUCUCCCAGCCAUCUCAGCUUAAGGAAGGUGUCUGAAUCUGGGGCUCAAACGCCAGGGGACAACAUUACCCAGAGGAAGUGCAAAGCCUCCGCUAGGGAGUUCAGCAGGAAGAGCAUCAGCGAGAGAGCUGUGCUGCUGUCCUCCAUGUUUCCUGAUUCCAGUAGCCCUCAUCUGAAGACUGAUCACUCAACUUUCCCUCUGCACACGGACCUCUCUCCCUCCUCUCCUCCUCCCCCCUCCAUUCCAAAAAGCCCAGCGGUCCAUCCGGUCCCAGAACCUGCUGCUGUCUGUGGCUUCUCCCCCCCCAUCUCCUCCUCCUUCCCCUCCCUCUUGCCUCGCUCUCCUCAGGGCCCAGAGAAGGGCCAGAAGUUAAGAGAGUGGGGUCAAGACCAGAGUGUCAAGGACGUAGUCCAUAUCAAUCUCAAAGAGAAGGUCACGGACAAGGUCAGGGCCGAGGUCCGUAAGGUCGUUGAGGACGUGGCUCUUGAGAAGCGCAGUGGGAACGCAGCCUCCAGUAAAAUGAUUGGAAAGACGAUAGUUCGCUCUGAGAGUUGCCCAGCUGGAGCAGUUCAGUCCAGCAAACAGCGGACAGUGGGGAGAGUGUCGUCAGUAAUAGGGGCCAAGGCUGAGACUCUGGCUAUCCUGUAUGAGACAGACCACAGACCCAACUCCUCGCCGUGUGUGGGCCGGCGGGGGGAGUUCGCCCAGACCCUGGGCGGCAGCGACACGUGUCACUUCUGCAGGAAGCGCGUGUACGUGAUGGAGCGCCUGGGCGCAGAGGGGCUGUUCUUCCACCGCGAGUGCCUCCGCUGCGACGUGUGCAGCUGCACGCUGCGCCUGGGGGGCCACGCCUUCGACUCCCAGCAGGGGAAGUUCUACUGUAAGAUGCACUAUUCCCAGCGUAGACCCAGCACUGCUCCGGUCAAUUUCCGGAAGAGAGCGGAUGACCAGGUACGCGUGACGACCUCGGGCGACGACACCGGCCAGUCCACAGGGGGGCAUGCCAGGCCCCGAGCCCAGCCAGGACGGGGGGUUGGGUCCCCGAGGAAGGGCCUGGUUCCAGAUGUGGUGGAGGAGACUCUGGAUACAGCUGAUGGAAUCACAGGAGCUGACUCAAGGAAGAAUGAAAACUCUGUUGACAUGAAAGCGAAAGCACAGGAUCAGAAAGAUGUCUCUAAGUCUGCAGACAGGAGCAGUCGAUGGAAGAGAAGGAUCCGUGCAACCCUGCCUCUCAUCUUGGUCAGAACUUUCCAGAAGGGUAGAGCUUCAGACAAGGAGUCCACCCCCAUCCCAGAGGCGGACUCUGACUACGAGGAGGUCGUCCUUCCUGUUUCCCACAAUGCUGCUGAAAGACCUCCUACUACCCAGAAUGCUUUGCCAGGCUCAGAGGAGUGUCCGGUUCCCGGAAAGGACAUCACAUGCUCGUCCAGCCCCAAGAAGAAACUGAUCAUUUCUGUGUCUGAGAAAGAGAAGCUUCUAGACUGGAACCUGGGCACUCUGGAGGAGCCCUCAGGGUUCCCAGGUGCACUGGGUGGACAGACAACCAGUGACCCAGUGUCCCAGAGCCAGCCACCCCAGCCAGGGCAAGAACCAGACCCUGAGCUAGGCCCAGUGCCAACCCACCCAGACCCCACCCAGGGACCUCCACCGACGGCCUUCCAGCAGCUGGCUAAUGCCCUCAGGAGGUCCCUGGGAAUGUCUGGGUCCGCUUCAACCGCGGCGGUCACCAGGCGGGCCGGCCCCCGCAGACAGAGGCCCCUGUCGGAAGGAGCCUUCAACUACAGCUCCAUGUUUGGGUCCGGGCCUCCAGGGCAGGAGGAGAGGAUGCGUGAGCAGCGGAGGCCAACAGGGGGCGACCUCACCACCCUGCUGGAGCAGGUGUCCCUGGGCCGAGGACAGCCAGGGGGCAGAGCCUUCACGGACGACAUGGCCUCCCUGCCCCCUCGGAGGGUGAACUUCUUCUCCUCGCUGCGUCUGAAGAAGAGGGAGAGGGGAGAGGGGGAGGCGGGGGAGGGCGAGCACAUCCGCACCAUCCUGUCCAACAUCCGGAACAAAGCCUCCAGCCAAGAACAGCUGGACGCGUCCUACUCCUCUAGUGAUGACGAUAACAGCCUGGCCGGUCAGACGGAUUGUCCUGACAAGCUGAAGAGGAGGCAGGAGAGGAUGGUGGCCCAGCAGGCUAAAACAGAACAGCUCAAGAGACUCCAUAGAGCUCAGGUGAUUCAGCGUCAGCUGGAGGAGGUGGGGGAGAAGCAGAGAGACCUGGAGGAGAGAGGGGUCUCCAUAGAGAAACGCCUGAGAGGGGAGGAGACUGAUGACAGCCUGUCAGAUGAGGGCGUUCUCUAUCAGUCCUGGUUCACUUUGGUUUUGGAGAAGAACAGACUGGAGCGAUACGAGGAAGAGCUCAUGAUUUUCGCUCAGGAGCUGGAGCUUGAGGACACACAGAGCCGGCUGCAGCAGGAGCUACGACGCAGAAUGGCCAUCGACGACACCAGUAAGAGUGCCAGUGAGCUGGUGGCAGAGCAGCGGAUCUUGGAGGAGAUGAUGGGCGUGGUGGAGAGGAGGGACACCCUGGUCAGCGAGCUGGAAGAGCAGAGGCUGAGGGAGCGGGCCGAGGACAGGGACCUGGAGAGCUUGGUGCUGUCCAAGGGAUACCAGUUCCACUGGGCCUCCGAGUGAGGAGAAGCAGGGGCUAGAGUUUGUGCCUGGGGCAAGGUCUGGGGUCUAGGGAGGGGUGGGGAGGGGGGGAGUGCGUGUUGGGACAUGAGGCAAUAAUAAACUUGGGCUUGUAGGUGUUGAAAGUUCAACAGACUACAUUUUGUCCACUUAUUUACAGGGUGACUGGUGUGAAUCUGCUAUGUACACCCAUGGUGUAACACGACCUAACCAAAACCACCUCAGUUUGCCUGUGGCCUUAUGACAGGAAGGACUAAAGUAGGAGGGAUCGUUUACAGCACUAUGUUGGAUCCACUGGAAAGCAUGUUUAAACUGUACUGGUGUAUACUAGCCCUAAGGUCCUCUCAUGGAUUGAACAAAUAGGAUUUUCCUUUGUGAAAUGAUCUGUGAUUCUGGAUUUAUGUUUGUGUAUUUGUUGUGACACAUUGUUAAUAAUUCCCCUUGUAUGCAUUCAGACUGUCAGGGGUGUAAGGGUUGAGAAAAUUGUAUUUCCUUUUCCAUGUGUACACCUAUCGGUCAACAUGAUCUUCAAGCAAAAUUUUACGAAAAAAUAUAUAACUGAACGUGUAUUUUUGCACAGCACAUACGUAAGCGGUCUUAUGUGGUAAUUUUUUUUUGUUAUUUAAUAAAAUGUUUAAUUGAGAA